AUGGAUAAAGCUCCUCAAAAUGAAACCUCCACGAAUGAGGAUGGACCCAGCAAGACAUCCGUUGAUGAGACAAAUACGGUCAAUUUUUCUGAUGUAAAUCACUUUUUCCGCUCUUGUACGUGGCCUCUACGCGUUCCUGGUCGCACUUGUAAAGGGAAUCGUCUCUUUAGGCUUUUAAAUCUUCAAUGUCAAGAAGGUGCUUUGUUUUCCGACAGUGAUCACCAUCGGUCUCCCGGUUCUUCGCGGUCGAUCCUCUCACGAGCAACACAAUUGGCUCUCCGUCAUCUCGACUUAGGCUCUUUCGCACCUGAUCAAUUAUCGAAAGUGUUGAAUAAGCGAAUGCCAGCGGCAGCUUCUGGAAGGUCGACUACGGCUAUGUCCGAAAAUUCUCGGUUGGCCAGCCCUCCGCCCUCAGAACUUUCUAGCAUCUCAUCAGAUGAGGUACAAUCUUUUUCCAGACAUCUUGCACUUAUAAAUAAAUGUCCUGCCUACGAGCAUUCAUGUAAUUUAAAGCGUUCUACUGCGGUCCCGAGGAAUGGAAUUCUUUCCACCAGAUCUUCGCAUCGUGGUGGGCAUCGAGCGGCUUCCUUCACCUUCCUUGCCGAGGAUGCCCCAUCAAGGAAAUUGGAGGAUCAGGAAAUUUCUACAGAAAGUGGAUACGUUGUCUCUUCCGCUACUCCCGGUGCCAGCAGCUCUGGUUCUUCUUCUUUUAAACGGAAACCUAACACCACUCGUUACCAUCAGGUGCGAAUAAUUGAUAAUCGACUAAAGAAACCUGCUGAUGAAGCAGCUCUUCAUCAUGCGCGUCACCAUAUCUCUCCUUUGGAUCGGUUUUCGCAAUCUUACGCGUCGAAUGACGAGGAGGAUGGCGACGAAGAGUCAGGUCAGGAGGAACAGUUAGCAUCCUCUGUCUCGGCAUCCACUACCAAAGAUACCAUGGCUUUAACAGCUCCCACUUCAUCUAUUUUGGUAAUCAACCCUACUGCGGGUGGUAAUAAUGGCACACAAAAACAUGUCAUACUUCUCACCGGCUCAUCGGAUCCCUCUCCAUCUAUACCCAGCUCUGAAGGAAAUGAGCUGCGUGAUGUAGAACCACCUUCGAUCCCUCCCACACUUGUCUCACUUAACACAGGUGGGGUCCAUUUGCCUUCAGACAAGCGCCGUCACUCUAGCUUUGUUCCUGCCUCAAUCAAUGCCAUGGUGCCGGGUAAACGCGGUGGCGGUGGGACAGGGGCCCUGAAGCGAUGCAACACCGCCUCCUCAGUGUAUAGUUGCAAUGCUGGUGGAGAACAAACGCCACCAACACCAGCCAAGUCAACAAUAAAAGCUGCCUCGGUCAGACGCCAUCAGGAAUGUGAGCAACGGAGGCAGAGAGCGUCUCUUCCCUUCUCAUCUCGGCCUCGACAUCCCAAUAGCUCGCCCGGUCUCUCUAGGCAUGUUAUCUCUUCUGAUGAGGUAGAAACCGACAACGGUGGCGGUGGUAUUGGUGGGAAUUCGAGUCGAUUUUCCACUCCGAUGGAGCCGAUCUGCGUGGUCAACCUAGCCACGCCUGUGAGUCACAUUCAACUUGCUGUCGAGAAUUUAGACGCGUUCUUGGUCACUCAUGGACCUGAACAGGAAUUUACCUUGUUUUACAGCCAAUUUUGCCCAUCAGUUUGGGCCUAUUUUCUUGCAGCAGCAAUCAGCGAUGCGCACUACCUUUUCCUUGUUGGUUGA